AACUGCCACGUGGGGAUGAGAUUUGCUGGGCUGGUAGCAGCGGCUGCUGCGGGAGGUCCCGCCCACGUGAAGCCAGCCUAACUGAGCUCUGGACUUUGGGGACAGCUGUCAGUGGCCUAGGCCGCAGGUGAGAUUUAUCCAUUCAUCUCUCAAUCUAUUUUCUUUCUUCAUUCACUAGCCACUCCCCCACUUCUACUCUAUGCCAGGUCCAUUGGUAGGUUCUCGGAAUGGAUCUGACAGGCCCAGCCCUCUAGGAACUUAGUCUAGUGGAAUUUAAUCUAGAAUCUAGUCUAGAAGCCUUAAAUAGAUAAACAUUCGAAAUGAUUCCUGCAAUGGUGAUGGCUAAUACCUUCAGAGCCCAGUGGGUGGAAGAAGGAAGUAACUUGGAAGUGGGUGGAAGAGAAAAGGGCAAAUCAGGGAAGGUUUCAUCAGGGAAGGGACUUUUGAACUGGGCUUUGAAGGUUAACUAGGAGUUUGCAAAUUUCCCAGAAGGGAAGCGACAUUCCAAAUAGGGGAAGCAGAACAGGCUGCAAAAUUAUGAAAAGGCCUGCCGUAUUACAAGAACAGCAAAAAAAACAAUAAUGCAAGAGAUUGUGGAGGACACCAUGAAGCAGCUGCCAGUCUUGGAACCUGGAGACAAGCCCAGGAAAGCAACAUGGUACACCUUGACUGUCCCUGGAGACAGCCCCUGUGCUCGAGUUGGCCACAGCUGUUCAUAUUUACCCUCAGUUGGUAAUGCCAAGAGAGGGAAGGUCUUCAUUGUUGGGGGAGCAAAUCCAAACAGAAGCUUCUCAGACGUGCACACCAUGGAUCUGGAAACCAGGACGUGGACCACGCCAGAAGUGACCAGCCCCCCACCAUCCCCAAGAACAUUCCACACAUCAUCGGCAGCCAUUGGAAACCAGCUAUAUGUCUUUGGGGGCGGAGAGAGAGGUGCCCAGCCUGUGCAGGACACGAAGCUGCAUGUGUUUGACGCAAACACUCUGACCUGGUCACAGCCAGAGACACUUGGAAAUCCUCCAUCUCCCCGGCAUGGUCAUGUGAUGGUGGCAGCAGGGACAAAGCUCUUCAUCCACGGAGGCUUGGCAGGGGACAGAUUCUAUGAUGACCUCCACUGCAUUGAUAUAAGUGACAUGAAAUGGCAGAAGCUAAAUCCCACUGGGGCUGCUCCAGCAGGCUGUGCUGCCCACUCAGCUGUGGCCAUGGGAAAACACGUGUACAUCUUUGGUGGAAUGACUCCUGCAGGAGCACUGGACACAAUGUACCAGUAUCACACAGAAGAGCAGCAUUGGACCUUGCUUAAAUUUGAUACUCUUCUACCCCCUGGACGAUUGGACCAUUCCAUGUGUAUCAUUCCAUGGCCAGUGACGUGUGCUUCUGAGAAAGAAGAUUCCAACUCUCUCACUCUGAACCAUGAAGCUGAGAAAGAGGAUUCAGCUGACAAAGUAAUGAGCCACAGUGGUGACUCACAUGAGGAAAGCCAGACUGAUACACUGCUCUGUUUGGUGUUUGGUGGGAUGAAUACAGAAGGGGAAAUCUAUGACGAUUGUAUUGUGACUGUAGUUGACUAAUAAAACCCACAUUUUUAUUA